UGUGCGAUCUGGACAACCUCACCUCACCUGUACACGGGAUUUGCUGCGGUAGCACUCCUCUGCCUGACUGAUUGGUCAAGAUAUCCAAUACCCUCAGCCCAAUCUUUCGCAACGGGAGCAACAUAAUGGCCACCAUCUACAUCGACGAGGAUGUCGGCCGGGACGAGUCGACGGCGACCGGCACCGAAGCCGCCCCUUACAAAACUCUCCUCCACGCCUUCACGCAGCACCCUCCUUCCGAGGGAAAUCAAUACCUGACCCGCAAGUCCCAGACCGAGCCCGCCGAAGAGGGCGCCGACAAGCUCGAAUGGAAGCCCGCCACCAAGUCGGCCAUCAAGAAGGCUACCAACCUCUACGAGCAGCGCAAGAGAAAGGCCGCCAAGGAACAAGAACUGGCAAUCCGCGAGAAGGAAGAGGCGGAGAAGCGCAAGAUCGUCCUGGAGGAAGCCAAGAAGGUCGUGAUCAAAGAAGAUACCUCUCUUCCCAAGCCCGUUAAGAUUCGUCUUGAUGAGACCGACCCCGCCGUCGUCAAGCUGGGAUCUCCCGAAUCUGAGACCCCCGGUACCCGUGUCCGCGUUGUUGGCCGUGUCCACCGCUUGCGCCCUCAGAAGGAUGUCAUCUUCCUCACCCUCACCGAUGGUUACGGCUACCUUCAGUGUGUUUUGACCGGCCAGCUCGUCAAGACCUACGAUGCCAUGACUCUCACUCUCGAAACAUCCAUUGCCAUCCACGGUGAGAUGCGUGCUGUGCCGCCCAAGCAGCACGCCCCCAACAACCGCGAGUUGCACGCCGACUUCUUUACCGUCAUCGGCCGUGCUGCUGGCGACAAGGACGCCAUCACCACCCGUGUUGCCCCUGACGCUGAUCCCCAGACCCUUUACGACAACCGUCACUUGGUUCUCCGCGGUGAGACUGUUUCCUCGGUUAUGAAGGUUCGCGCUGCAACCCUACGGGCUUUCCGUCAGACCUACGAAGAGAAGCGCAUGCUGGAGGUUACUCCCCCUGCCAUGGUGCAGACUCAGGUGGAGGGUGGAAGCACUCUCUUCAAGUUCGACUACUACGGCGAGGACGCCUACCUGACCCAGUCUUCCCAACUCUAUCUGGAGACUUGUCUUCCCUCCCUCGGCGAUGUCUUCUGCGUUUGCCCAUCUUUCCGCGCUGAAAAGUCGCUGACCCGCCGUCACUUGUCCGAGUACACCCACAUCGAGGCGGAGCUGGACUUCAUCACCUUCAAUGAUCUCCUGGACCACCUAGAGCACAUGAUCUGCCGUGUCAUUGAGUUGAUGCUGGCCGAACCCGCCACCAAGGCCCUUAUCGAAAAGCUCAACCCCGAGUUCAAGCCCCCAAGCCGUCCCUUCAAGCGCAUGCGCUACUCCGAUGCCAUUGAAUGGCUCCGCGAGCACGAUAUCCCCAACGAGGAGGGCCAGCCCCACCAGUUCGGCGAUGACAUUGCCGAGGCUGCUGAGCGCAAGAUGACCGACAUCAUCAACCAGCCCAUCUUCCUGACCCACUUCCCCGCCGAGAUCAAGGCUUUCUACAUGAAGAAGGACGAGGAGGACCGUCGCGUCACCGAGAGUGUCGAUGUGCUGAUGCCCGGUGUCGGUGAGAUCGUCGGUGGUAGUAUGAGAAUGGACGACUAUGACGAGCUCAUGGCUGCCUACGCGCACGAGGGCAUGGAUCCCUCUCCUUACUACUGGUACACCGACCAGCGCAAGUACGGAACCUCUCCCCACGGUGGGUACGGUUUCGGUCUCGAGCGCUUCUUGGCCUGGUUGUGUGCCCGCUACACCGUCAGGGACUGCUCCUUGUAUCCCCGCUUCACCGGCCGUUGCACGCCUUAGAUGUUGUGAUAGAGCAGAAAAGACCCAUAGAUCUUACCCGUUAAUCGACUUUGUCCGUGAC